UGAACAGGAGCCGACGGGGAGGGGGCGGUCACGUGAUCGGAAGAUGGCGGCCCCGGGCGGCAGCGGGGGCCCCGCGGUGUCGGUUCUGACCCCGAACGGGAGGCGCCUCACCGUGAAGGUGACGCCGAGCACCGCGUUACUGCAGGUUUUGGAGGACACCUGUCGUCGACAGAACUUCAAUCCAAGUGACUACGAUCUGAAGUUUCAGAGGAAUGUGCUUGAUCUUUCCCUUCAGUGGAGAUUUGCCAAUCUUCCUAACAAUGCCAAGCUGGAGAUGGUGCCAGUCUCCCGUAGUCGGGAGGGACCUGAAAAUACGGUUCGGAUUGCAUUGCAAUUGGAUGAUGGCACUAGGCUACAAGAUACUUUUUGUUCUCGCCAGACGCUCUGGGAGAUUCUUGUUCAUUUUAUACAAACCAGGGAGUGUGUGGAGCAGCUGUGUGAAUCUACUCCAGUCUGUGUUUACAUGAGGGAUGAGAUAACUGGGAGAGCUGCUUUGCAGAAGACCACACUGAAGUCACUGGGCUUAACUGGAGGCAAUGCCAUCAUCAGGUUUUCCAUGAAGACGUGUGAAUCACCUGACAAGCAGGAGGAUAUGGUUCCUAGGAUUAAACUCUCAGGAAACCCUGCCCCAUCUGUCUCUGUGGAUCAGGCCACCAGCAACCCUCCGCUUUCUUUGGGCGCUGGUGGUCUAAGCAGUGGUGAUUUGAGCCGACCAGAUGAUGCAGUUGCUUCAGGGGUCAGCCAAAUAGAUUGUCUGGGCCUUCAACGGAUGGAUGAUGAAAUGCAGCUGAGUUCCAAGGAAUCAGUAUCUCCUUCUUUUGUUCCUUUCUCUGGCGGCGGGCAGCGUCUUGGAGGCUCCUCUAUGCCUUCAAGACAUCUGGUACCAUCUUCAGCCAAGUUGCCAAAAUCUCUUUCUAGUCCUGGAGGCCCUUCUAAACCAAAGAAGUCCAAGCCUGGCCAGGAGCAGGAACCAGAACCGGGAGAGCCCAUGGAUCGAGAGCCGGUGGUGUGCCACCCAGAUCUGGAGGAUCUGUUCCAGGCCUGGCCAGCAGAGCUCCCUGAUGAAUUCUUUGAGAUCACAGUGGAUGAUGUGAGGAGACGCUUGGCUCAGUUAAAAAGUGAACGGAAGCGCCUAGAAGAAGCACCAUUGGUGACCAGAUCUUUGCGAGAAGCUCAGAUGAAAGAAAAACUAGAGCGCUAUCCGAAGAUUGCACUGAGAAUUCUGUUCCCUGACCGGUACAUCCUACAAGGCUUCUUUCGCCCGAAUGAAACAGUAGGAGACUUGCAAGACUUUGUGAGAAGUCACCUGGGAAAUCCUGAAUUGUCCUUUUACCUGUUCCUUGCCCCUCCAAAAACCAUCCUGAGCGACAACACGCUGACCCUCUUCCAGCCUCUCUACUGUCUGCCUUGCUGUUUUCCUCAGACGUUUGCCGUCUACAAAGAGUCAAAGAAAGAAGUUGUGUUCCCAUCUUGGAUCAGGGACUGAGCACACUUGGAAACCCUUGGACAAACCUGGCACCCCUGGGGAGCUGGGAGCAGCCACCCAAGGCUGGGGGUGGGGAGGGGAGGAUCUGGCACAACAGAGCUUGCCUCCCCAGACCCAGCUGGCCCAGCUCCAAAGGAGCAAGGGGAAGGGAAAGUCCUUCAGAAAAAUAGUUGCCGGCUUUCCUUAAUGUCACUGUCAUUCCCUGAGCUUGGAGUUCCUAGUGUAACUGCCAACUGCAUCAGCCAGGACCGUUCAAGACAAAUCCUUCAGUGGAGGCUUCUGUUCUUUCUUGAAUGAUUCAAACUCACUCUCUCAAUCUCUCUCUCUCUCUCUCUCUCUCUCAUUAUCCUUGCUAAUUGCGUAAUUUGGUCUAUGAGUAACCUAGAAAAUCAUUUUUAUUGUACUUAGGAAUUUGUUACAUGAAGUGAUUUCUCAUCACAUGUACUUUUCUAGUUAUGUUUGGCUUAGGUAAAAUGCUGGAUGAAGCAAGGGCUCUGUUUCAACUUAACCACUAUGGAGUUCAAAUUUAUCUUUCCCACAAUGACUUUAAAGGAAUUUGAUUCUUGCAAAAUUUGGCACAUGGUCUAAAUCUGAUUUGUGGUUCAUUCCGCUAUCUUGAAACAAAAUGGUAGUUGAUAAUACUUUCAGUUAAAAAAUGGAAUUUCGGGAGCAGCUAGGUGGCACAGUGGAUAAAGCACCGGCCCUGGAUUCAGGAGGACCUGAGUUCAAAUCUGGCCUCAGACACUUGACACUUACUAGCUGUGUGACCCUGGGCUUAACCCUCAUUGCCCUGGAAAAACCAACCCCCCCAAAAAAUGGAAUUUGGUAUAGGUUACAGAACUUUUUAAAGAUGAUUGAACUGAAUGAAAUUUACAAAAUAAAUUAGAAUUCCCUUAAUAGACACUGCUAGGUGUUGGUAGUCCAGGAUCCUUCUGUGAGAGAAACAUCAUCCUGAGUGUUAAAAAUUAGCUGUUGCAUGUCCAGGUAUGUACAAUUGAGAGAUAACUAUACUUCUAUCUGAUAGUGUAUAGAGAAUUCCUUGCUUAUGGGAGAAACUGGGAGACUUUUUUUUUUUUUUUUUGUGGGGCAAUGAGGGUUAAGUGACUUGCUAAGGGUCACAUUCCUCCUGAAUCCAGGGCUGGUGCUUUAUCCACUGCACCACCUAGCUGCCCCUGGGAGACCCUUAAUAUCAUCCUUUCUCUUGUAGGUCUCCCAUCUUUUCCUGAUUCUUUAGGAUGGUUUGGAAAGGCCUUGGGAGUUUGUAUGCCAACUAUGUGUGAUUUAAGUCUUUGGAGACUUUGUUGGGAGUGGCCAAGGGGGAAAGGAGGUAGAGAAUGAUUUUCCUUGAAAAGAAGAUUGGGGAUGCUUGGAUCAUUGCUCCUCCUCAGGCAUGUUUGCUGAAUCUUCAUCUAUUUCACAACACUGAUUGUGGGUGUUUUCUGUUUCUUGUUCUGGGCCCUUUUCUCUCUACACAAUUUCACUUGGUGGUCUCACUUGCACCAUGAAAGAUGAAAUGUCAGAAGAACUGGAAGAAGGGUGAUGCAGCAGGUUAGCUAGGUCCUUGGUGGAGGAUGCCUGGGAGAUGUAUGGGUACAAUGAUCAUCCCAAUAUGGGGAAAAUGAGACAUUAAUGCACUCUUGGUAAAGUUGUAGAUUGAUUCAAACAUUCUGUAGAGCAAUUUGGAACUAUGGCCAAAGGGCUAUAAAACCAUGCAUCCUCU